UUUUACGCGAGGUGUUACAACCUUCGCAACUCGAUAUUUUAAUAAAUCCGAGAAUGUUCGCGCUCAACAACAGGCGUUGGGUAAACAAAAAUACGAUUUAUCCAAAUGGAAAUAUUCGGAAUUACGUGAUGCAAUAAACACGUCUUGUGAUAUUGAGUUGCUUGAGGCUUGCCGACAGGAGUUUCAUCGUCGUUUGAAGGUAUAUCAUGCAUGGAAGGCAAAGAACCGUAAACGCACCACUAUGGAGGAGAAUGAACGCGCACCUAAGAGCGUAAUGGAAGCAGCUUAUAAGGCACCACCGCUAGCACAUCCCAAGCAGGAAAUCACAACUGCCCAGCACCGUUAUUUCCGUAUACCAUUCAUGCGCGCCAACGCGCCUGAAAAUACUAAACGCGGUCUCUGGUACGCACACUUUGAUGGACAAUGGAUAGCGCGACAAAUGGAAUUGCAUGCUGAUAAACCACCCAUUUUGCUAGUAGCAGGUGUUGAUGACAUGCAAAUGUGCGAGCUUAGCCUGGAGGAGACCGGUCUGACACGCAAACGCGGCGCUGAAAUUUUGGAACAUGAAUUCAAUCGUGAAUGGGAGCGCAACGGUGGUAAACCAUACAAAAAUCUGGGUGCUAAUAGCAAUUAAGUAAAGAAAACCGUUUAGGUUUCAAUACGUUCCACUUUCAUAUAUAUAUGAUAAAAAAAUUAAAUGCAGACUAAAUAAAACAAUUUAUAUGAAAUUCAACUGUUAAGUUGAAAUCGCAAUUAAA